ACUAUGGCUUCCCUGUGUUGGGACCGGCUGUCUGGUAGUUCUGUGUGAUUUGUUAGUUCUCUGCGGCAAGGUGCCCCCUCACGAAUUCGACAUGCAAAGAAUCAAAUCUCUUAUGACCCGGCAGGGUCUGAAAAGUCCCCCAGAGAGCCUCAGUGAUGUUGGUGCCAUUGAGAGUCUCCGGGUCCCUGGAAAGGAGGAAUUUCGAGAACUUCGAGAACAACCUAGUGAUCCUCAAGCUGAACAAGAACUAAUUAAUAGUAUCGAACAAGUGUAUUUUUCUACGGACUCAUUUGAUAUUGUUAAAUAUGAGCUGGAGAAGCUCCCUCCUGUUCUCAAUUUGCAAGACUUAGAGGAGUACAGAGACAAAUUAAAACAACAGCAAGCUGCAGUCUCUAAAAAAGUAGCAGAUUUAAUCCUUGAAAAACAGCCUGCUUAUGUAAAGGAACUUGAAAGAGUUACCUCAUUACAGACAGGUCUUCAGUUAGCUGCUGUUAUCUGCACAAAUGGGAGGAGACACUUGAAUAUUGCAAAGGAAGGUUUUACUCAAGCUAGUUUAGGCCUUCUUGCAAAUCAAAGGAAACGUCAGUUGCUGAUUGGACUUCUGAAAUCUCUGAGAACUAUAAAAACAUUGCAAAGAACAGAUGUCCGCUUAAGUGAAAUGCUGGAGGAGGAAGACUAUCCAGGAGCUAUUCAGCUGUGCCUGGAAUGUCAGAAAGCUGCCAGCACUUUUAAACAUUAUAGUUGCAUAAGUGAACUGAAUUCAAAGCUGCAAGAUACUUUAGAGCAAAUUGAGGAACAGUUGGAUGUUGCUCUGUCCAAAAUCUGCAAGAAUUUUGACAUUAACCAUUAUACCAAGGUUCAACAAGCUUAUCGACUUCUUGGAAAAACACAGACAGCAAUGGAUCAACUUCAUAUGCACUUCACCCAAGCCAUUCAUAAUACUGUGUUUCAAGUUGUUCUUGGUUAUGUGGAACUAUGUGCAGGAAACACAGAUACAAAAUUCCAAAAACUGCAAUAUAAGGAUCUCUGUACGCAUGUUACACCAGACAGCUAUAUUCCAUGCCUUGCUGACCUGUGCAAAGCACUGUGGGAGGUUAUGCUCAGCUAUUACAGAACUAUGGAAUGGCAUGAAAAGCAUGACAGUGAAGAUACUACUUCUGCUUCUGAAGGGAGUAAUAUGAUGGGGACUGAAGAAACAAAUUUUGAUCGUGGCUACAUAAAAAAGAAAUUAGAACAUGGACUUACACGAAUAUGGCAGGAUGUUCAGCUAAAAGUAAAAACCUACUUGCUUGGAACUGAUUUGUCAAUAUUCAAAUAUGAUGACUUCAUCUUUGUUUUGGAUAUAAUCAGCAGGUUGAUGCAAGUUGGAGAAGAAUUCUGUGGUAGCAAGUCUGAAGUUUUGCAAGAGUCUAUUAGAAAACAAAGUGUCAAUUAUUUUAAGAACUACCAUAGAACACGGCUUGAUGAACUGAGAAUGUUUCUAGAAAAUGAGACCUGGGAACUUUGUCCUGUUAAGUCAAAUUUCAGCAUCUUGCAGCUUCACGAAUUUAAAUUCAUGGAACAGUCACGUUCCCCAUCAGUUUCACCCAAUAAGCAGCCAUCCUCAACUUCUUCAAAAAUGGUAACCUUGUUUGAGCAGUACUGUAGUGGUGGGAAUCCAUUUGAAAUUCAGGCUGACCACAAAGAUGAAGAAACAGAAGACGUCCUGGCUUCUAAUGGGUAUGAAUCUGAUGAACAAGAAAAAAGUGCCUAUCAGGAGUAUGACAGUGACAGUGAUGUUCCUGAGGAACUAAAACAAGAUUAUGUUGAUGAGCAGACAGGCGAUGCUCCUGUGAAAAGCGUUUCUCGAGAGACUCUAAAAAGCAGGAAGAAAUCAGAUUACAGUCUAAAUAAAGUGAAUGCACCCAUCUUAACAAAUACAACACUGAAUGUAAUAAGACUUGUUGGUAAAUAUAUGCAGAUGAUGAACAUUCUUAAACCAAUUGCUUUUGAUGUUAUCCAUUUCAUGUCUCAGCUAUUUGAUUAUUACUUGUAUGCAAUAUAUACCUUUUUUGGUCGGAAUGAUUCAUUGGAAUCCACGGGACUAGGUCUUAGCAGUAGUAGACUAAGAACAACUCUAAACAGAAUACAAGAAAGCCUCAUUGAUCUGGAAGUUUCAGCUGAUCCUACUGCCACGCUCACAGCAGCAGAAGAGAGAAAGGAGAAGGUACCGAGCCCUCACCUCAGUCACCUAGUGGUUUUGACAUUUGGGGAUACAUUGUAUGGGUUGGCGGAAAGAGUGGUAGCCACAGAAUCCUUGGUAUUCUUGGCUGAACAGUUUGAGUUCCUUCAGCCACAUCUGGAUGCUGUGAUGCCUGCAGUCAAAAAACCCUUUCUUCAGCAGUUUUAUUCUCAGACCAUCUCAACAGCCAGUGAACUACGCAAACCAAUUUACUGGAUUGUAGCUGGUAAAGCCAUUGAUUAUGAACAGAUGCUGCUCCUAAUGGCUAAUGUGAAAUGGGAUGUAAAAGAAAUUAUGUCACAGCACAACAUAUAUGUAGAUGCACUGUUAAAGGAAUUUGAGCAGUUUAACACAAGGUUAAAUGAAGUUUCUAAGAGAGUUCGGAUACCCUUGCCCGUGUCUAAUAUACUUUGGGAACAUUGUAUACGUCUGGCUAAUAGAACAAUUGUGGAAGGGUAUGCCAACGUCAAGAAGUGUAGUAAUGAGGGUCGUGCCUUGAUGCAAUUGGAUUUUCAGCAGUUUUUAAUGAAACUUGAAAAACUAACAGAUAUUAGACCAAUUCCAGAUAAAGAAUUUGUGGAAACCUAUAUUAAAGCUUACUAUCUAACUGAGAAUGACAUGGAACGCUGGAUCAAAGAGCAUAGGGAGUAUUCGACGAAGCAGCUGACCAAUCUGGUAAAUGUUUGCCUGGGAUCCCAUAUCAAUAAGAAAGCAAGACAAAAACUUCUCUCAGCUAUAGAUGAUAUAGACAGACCCAAAAGAUAAUGAACACAGUCCCUUUUCCUCAAUGACAUUGAUCUUCUCUCAACAUACAUGACAUGAAAGCCAAUUUUUCAUGCACUCCUGACAACUGUCUUAAGAAAACUUUGUGCAUGUUCUUUCCAACUGGAAAGUGGAAAACAUUGGAGUUUAUGUGGUGUUCUCAAAUGAUUUUUAUAUGCUCCGAUUGCUUCUCUUCAAUUUUUAGUUUCAUUUGUUGUAUUUCUUUCUUGAAAUGAUAUUGCCUCAUCAUAACUAUUGUUAUGUGACUACAGUUAUACCUUUUACUGAAGAAUGUACUAUAAAUAUAUGAUUAGAAAGAACAGUGACAAUACAUUCGUGGGCAGUUUUGGAGAAUGAAUUUAUGUUGGCAUUUUUCUACCCUCUGAAUUUGGUUCUUAAUAAGCAUAAUAUGAGAGUGUUAAUGUAUAGUAGUAUCUCCUAAUUAUGAGCACUGCAUGACAGUUGAAAAGUAAUGUAAGCAAAAUAGUUGAAAAAUCAGUUUGCUGUCUGUGUUUCUAAAUGUGAAAGUUGUGUUAGGGUUAAUUUGGUUGUGAGAGUGAUCAUAAAUGAUGAAAUUUAAUAAAUAUUAUACUCUAACAUGAUCAGCCUAUGUGAGACUGCAUUUUGAUAUUUUUCCACAGUAGGCAGAUUUCAUGAAACUAUAAUGGGAUUUUUUUUUAGUGUUUUCUAAUUUUAAUGGUCUUGUAUCCUGAAACCAAUGGUGAAAAGUAAUUUCAUUGGGUAAACCUCUUCAGCGCCUGAGUAGCUAGCAUGCAGAAUGGUGAUGGUAGGAUUUCCUCCCUCCCUCCCUCCCUUCCUUUUUAAAUAAUGGGAUAUUUUUCCCUGUAAGUUUUACCCUCUUUGAAUUUAACUUUUCUCUUAGAACAGCAAAACCUGGCUUAGCUGACUCAGGGAAAGAAUUGCCAGUUAGUUUAGUCAAGCAUAAGUACAGGGUCAUAUGUUCACCAUUCUUAAAUAUCUGCUUUGUAUCACAGAUACAAUGUGAGUUUAGCCAGUGAUAAACUUCGGAACUUAAUUAGUCUUUAGUAACUGUGUACUGUUAAUCUAAACUUUGCUUUGAAGCCAGGGAUAUUCUACCAGCAAAUAUGACAUAAAAACCAAUUUCCCUUGCGCUCCUGCCAACUGUCUGAUAAGGAAUUUUUUGCAUGUGCUUUCUGACUGGGGAGAAGCUUGUGUGUUGGUCCAGGAUUACUGGCAUGACCUGUAACAUCAAUAGCUCACAAUCCUGAAACAUCUCAUGAGAAACUGGCCUUGUGUACUGUGAGUCUUCGAGAGCUGAGGUGCUGAAGUGAAGGGCAAAGUGUGACAUGUGAUCAAGCACAGAGGUGACAAGGAGAUGAUUGCCACUCAGUGUCCAUCGGUCGCUGCAGGUACCCAUAACCGGCACAAGAUAACAUGAAACACUUUUUGAGACUAUGUCUGUGUGAGGGGUGUUAGUUUGCAUCUGUGUGAUGAGUUUUUUGUUUUCAGUCUCUCGCUUCCCUGUUCAUUUGCUGCCAAUUUAAUAUUGACAGUAAAUCUCCCUUCUUGUGAAAAGGUAUGAAUUUGGUGCCAUUGUGAUCUACUUGUGGAACUAGACUGUGUACUUGUAAGGUAGAUCCUGCUGGUAGCCAUUAUCUAUUUGCAGCCACUUGAAGAAAACAAACAUGAGAUAAGCUUGGUCCUUGUGUUUCAAUGCCAUAUUCAACUGGGCACAUAAAGAGCUUAUCAAUCUCAUUUCUCAGUUGAUUAGGAGCCACUUAUUUCUUAUUUUUCACAUAGAUUUCAUAGUUGGCUUUCUUUAAUUUCUACUUUAGUUCACUCUGGAUAGUAUGAACAGCAGUUUUCUGCCUGGUAGGGUAUUUUCCUGGGUGAUAACAAUUGAUACAGAGAAUUACUUAUUUUGUUAGAGACUCAGCCGUGCAGUUGGAGAGACCUUUUUGCUUAACCAUACUUCGCUUUCCCCAUCUUCAAAAUAAAAAUCUUUCUGAUACUUUUUGGAAAA